AUGGAGGACGACAUGUUCCAAAAUGAAUAUGGGCAAGGCGAUGACACGUCGCCACUGCCGGACCUGGAUUUCUCAUCCAUCUCAGACGACCUGCUUUCUCAGUUCCUCUCACCUUUUGAUACCCCCAGUCUGCUUUGGUCACAGUCUUUUCCCAUAGCUCUGGACAAUCACCCACGAGGCUUUAUGCGUGCCGACGAAAUCUUCACCGAGAAUGGCGGACCCAUCCCGCUGCCACCAAGAUUUGCUCAGAUUAAACGAAGCCUGGUCGCGGGCAAGGAGCACGCCAUAGUGCAAUCAUGGGAACGCUUAUUAGUAGCUCUUCGAGCCGAGAUCGCCGUCAUUGGCGUCAGGAAAUCAGACAUUAUCCCGACCAUCGACUUCUCGGAGCUUCAAAAUCAUGCCCGCGUCUCCGACUUCACCGCCAAGCUCCGGCGCCGAGGUGGUGCCAUCAUCCGUAACGUCGUACCGGCCUCCGAGGCUCAUGCUUGGCGCGAAGAGACGGAGACAUACCUGUCGGAGAACCCGCACACCAAGGGCUGGCCAACGCGCGACCCGCACCUGUUCGGCAUCUACUGGUCCCCGUCACAGAUCAAGGGCCGAGCCCAUCCCAACGUCUUGGCCGCUCAGCGAUUUCUAAUGCGACUUUGGCGCUCUCGGGACCCCAGCGCACCCGUGGUGGCCGACCUACCGGUGGCAUACGCUGAUCGUCUUCGGAUCCGAACUCCAGGCGACGAAGCCUGGCAUCUGAAUGCUCAUGUAGACGGCGGCAGUGUCGAGCGGUGGGAGAGUGAUGGUUACGGGAACGCCGGGACGUACCAGCGCAUAUGGGACGGUAAAUGGGAAGACUACGACCCCUGGGAUAGCAGUACGCGGCUCAGAGUCACCUCAGAUCUCUACAACGGCGCGGGCUCAUGUAGUAUGUUCCGCAUGUUCCAAGGCUGGCUUUCCAUGUCCGACAUCAACCCGGCCGACGGCACACUCCUGCUUUGCCCCAUGCUCCAGCUCGCCACCGCCUACUUCCUCCUACGCCCCUUCUUCUCACCGCGCAACCCCUCGCCAACGUCCCCCAACUUCCUCGCGCGCGAGAACUGGGCCCUGGACUUUGCCCAAACGAGCAUCAUCCAGGGCGCCGUCCCUUCCUACACACAAGAGCUCAACUCGGCGCUCCACCCCCAUCUCCAGCUCGACAAGUCCCUCGUGCGCAUCCCGCCCGUGCGGCCGGGCGACUACGUCGUGUGGCACCCGGAUAUGGUAUACGGCGUCGACAGGGUGCCGACGUCGUCCGUGCCCGCGACCAUCAUGUACAUCCCGGCCUGUCCCCUGACGCAGACCAACGCGCUGUACCUCGCCCGCCAGCGGAAGGCGUUCCUCCUCGGCCAGCCGAGCCCGGAUUUUGGAGGCGGCAAGGGGGAGACGACGCACACGGGCCGGCCCGGCACGCAGGAAGUCAGCGACGCGGGUGGGGAGGACGGGCUUAGGGCCAUGGGGCUGCUGCCUUGGGAGGAUAAGGAGGGCAGGAGUCCGACGGAGAAGGCGCUGGUUGGGAUGGCGAACGCGAUUCUGUUUCCUGAGAGCUAUGACAUGGUUUGA